CGCGCCGCCGCCCCGCGCGAGGAAAGGAGCGUUGCGCGCGAGUUUUCGCGACCGACCCGGAAUACCGGCCACUUGUUCGGGUCUCUUCAUGUUGGUGGCUGCUUUCCUCUACGUCGCCUGGGCUGCCCUGGACUCAGGAGCGCGGUGCAUCCGUAUCCUGUCCCUGGAGGUUCCCCAGACGGCGCUAGUGGGCACGGAGGCUCGGCUGAGGUGCGCCUACGACCUGGAGGGAGACGUCCUGUACUCGGUCAAGUGGUACAGGGACGACGUCGAGUUCUUCCGCUUCGUGCCUUCGGACCGGCCGCCCGGACAGUUCUUCCCCGUCGACGGCAUCAAGGUCGACUUGCAACGCUCCAACAAUGGCACGGUCUACAUCCGAGAUGUGGACUUUCUCACGGGCGGAAACUACAAGUGUGAGGUGUCUGCCGACGCUCCUUCCUUCAAGACCAUGUUUGUGGAAAAGUUCAUCCGAAUUGACUCCGCCUGCUCUCGGACAUCACUUCCACCGCUGACCUGGCUCCUGUUCCUGGGGCACGCACUGUUCUGGCUCCAGAGGGCGUGCUUGCGCUGACACCCAACUCCGGCAAACCCGAUUUCCGUGCAAGCAUCGUGGCAGAACUGUGCCCGCGGGUCGCCCUCUCGUCGCCGUCGGCAGCGGACACUGAAAUGACACAGUGCACCGGACAUAGCCGAUGUGGAGCUCCCCGCCCGUUGCCUCGGCUGGCUCGAUCUGCUCGCCCCUGAAAGCGGCGUAGACGGAAAACGUAGAAGUGUGUGUGCGUGCGUGUAAAUGGAGUCGCGCUUGUGCGCAUUUUAAGCAGGUCGCGCAGUUGUUAAAACCGCUUUCUUUGGUUUAAGAGCAAAUGGUUUGAUUCUACAUUUACGAAAGCAACGGUGAAGCAGAAAAAGGGAGAGGGGGAGGGGGGGGGGGGGGGAGUAAGUGGCAUGCCUCUCGAUAGCCGCCCGGAAUAGGCAUGCUGGUGAUCUUUACCUUGGGACCUGUGGUCGAGGUGGCGAUCCCGGAGCUAUCCGUCAUCACUGGGACGAAAGUCAUCCGCAUGGACACCCAGGAGUUGUUACGAGAAAGACAAGGGUUCUGUUUUCUUUCCCGUCGUGUGCUGCGUGUGAUGUUUGAAGUUAAGAUAAUUUUAUUUGCCUCUCCCUGUAAAUAUCGGUUUGCGGUCCCAAGGAUUCAUUAAAGCGUAGCGGUUGCAUCAUUA